AUGGACUCCUUCUUCGCGGCCAAGAGUGCACCGAAGAAGAAGGGCGUUAAGGGCGGUGACGAUGCGAAGGCCCCAAGUUCACUGCCUUGGGUGGAGAAAUAUCGACCGAAGAAGAUCUCCGACAUUUGCUUCCAGGAAGAAAUCGUCACGGCGUUGAAGAAGGUGCUGCUCGGUACUGGAGAUUUGACGCACAUGUUGUUCUACGGACCACCAGGCACGGGCAAGACGUCAACGGCCGUAGCCCUCGCCCGGGAACUUUUUGGAAAGAACUAUCAUGAUCAAGUGCUCGAGUUGAAUGCUUCUGAUGAUCGAGGUAUUCAAGUGAUCCGUGGACGAGUCAAGGAAUUUGCUCGCCGCACGACGACAGCCACCCCUGAACAAGACGACGAUGAAGCACAUAUCCCUAAUCGAAAUCUGAAGUUCGUCAUCCUUGACGAGGCGGACGCUUUGACAUCUUCAGCGCAAACGGCUCUUCGUCGCAUCAUGGAAGUCAACAGCCGUACCACGAGGUUCUUCUUGAUCUGUAAUUACGUGACGCGCAUUAUCCCGCCCAUCAUCUCUCGCUGCGCCAAGUUCCGCUUCAAGCCAUUGCCGUUGGACAGCCAGAUCGAUCGCUUACGCUUCAUCUGCAACGAGGAAAAAAUUACAUUCGAUGAGGAAGCUUUGAACAAAGUCGUCGAGCUGAGCGAAGGGGAUCUCCGUAAAUCGAUCACCAGUAUUCAGGCGGUGGCCCGUGCUUGUCAACACAUCAAUCUGGACCUAGUUUAUUCGAUGAUGUCCGGGAAAAUUCCUCAAGCGCAGGUGGAUUUCCUGAUGAACGCGUGUCGGCAAGCUGAUUUUGGGGCGCUUGUCGCUGCCGUGGAGAAGCUUCGACGUGAAGCCUACACGAACUCGCAGCUGUUGGAUCAACUGCUAGAUUCCGUCUUGGAUGACGAAGUGCUGAGCGAUUUGCAGAAGGCGGAAGUGCUGCAGAAAAUUGCGUUGGCCGACGGACGGGUGGCCGACCGGGGCGACGGCUUUCUCAACAUCCAAGACGUGUGCGCGACAAUUCAUCGACAAUAUGCGACUCUGAUGGAA